UUUCAUUUGGAUUUGCGUUAAAGGACAGAAGAACAGCUGAGUAAAGCACAGGAUAACAUUGCUGUGUGAUGGGGUGGAAGCUCAGCUGUACUUCAGUUCUUAUGUUUGCAUCUGCUUUUGCACCGAAUAGCAGCAAUAGCCAACCAGUUUUUCUUUCUAGGCUGUUGGAUGAGAGCAAGAAGAAAAGACAAAAAUCAGAGGAGGCCAGAGCAUAGCUGUGGACCUGUGGCUUCUCUUUCUGUGAGCUCUGACAAAGGUAUGUGCUGUGACAGAACAGUUGUAUGUGAAGAAAAGCUGGAGUGGAAGUCACUGGCAGAGGAUCUUGCACUUUUCAGCUGCGCCUGAAGAGUUCAGCUGACUGCGAGAUAAACAAAAUCCAGAAGUGAAAAAGGCAAUUCCUUCUGCCACAAUGAGCUCUGAACGUGAAGAAGUUGAUGUUGCAAAAACUGUUGUCAAUGGGCUGAGCAGCAAUGGACAAGAAAAAGCUGUUGACGUCCCUUUAUACACACGCUCUAUUUCUGCCGUUACAAUAAUCCCUGUGAAGAAAGUGAAAAGUUCUCCUCACCUAGUGCUGCCUACAGAAACAGAUCCCACUAAAGUCUGCAGUGGAAAAGGAGCUGUGACCCUCUGGGUAUCUUCAACCUCUGAAGAGAAUCAGAAAAUCUCUUCGCCAUGUCCUCAGGAUGCUGAGAAACCUGAAAGUCUGGAGCCAGAAAACACAGAAACAGAUGAUUGGAGAUCAUCACCCAACACUGAUGCCAACGGGGAUGCCCAACCAUCUUCUCUGGCUGCCAAGGGUUAUAGGAGUGUGCGUCCGAACCUUUCCUCGGACAGCAAGCCACAGGCCCUUCCUCCUCCCCGUCCUCCUCUCCCCAAGGAGGAAAGCUUUGCAUGGCGUCCUCGCACUGACACUAAAGCAACCAACCUGCUGCCAGUGCCCAUCAUGGAUUGUGUGUACCUGAAUGCACCCAAGCCUUCUGCUCAGCGUGCAUCACUAAAUGCCAGCGCACGGUCUUACUUCUCAUCACCCACCCCCUAUGGGGCAGUCCCCAGCGGGAAGCAAGGCUUGCCAGCAGGGCAUUUUCCUUCUUCAGGUCCCAGAGAUAUGGUGCAUGUUGGGCAGCCACUCUUGGAAAGUAGCUCCUCAUCAAAUGCAUCAUCCUUACAACGCAACCCUGACAGGGCAGAUCCCAGUAGUAAGGCUGGAAUGAAUUCCAGUCAUGAGACGAAGGCGGAUAAAAAGGUCAGCAAACUAUAUGUAGCUUGUUUAUCUAACAACACUUGCUCAGCCACGUCUGAAAAUUCCACUGGCACCACACAUGACCCAUCAGCCAGCACCAGUUUGGGAGCUGAGGUCACUCAGGCACCAGCCACCGAUAUUGUUUUCUCUGCAACGGGAAAAGCUCUUCCUGCUCCUCCUCCUCCUCCUAUUCCUCCCAGGCCGUACUUUUACAUUGUCCUCAAUAAAGACGCAGUUAGUUCUGAUGCGGGCCAGCCCUCUUGGACACAGUCAUCACCUCCGCAAGCUUUGAGGGACAGAGUGCUAGAGCCCCAGAGCACAGCUGCCACAGAGGACAGAAUGAGAAAAGAGCCUUAUCUUACCCAGCAGCGGCAGCCGCCGUACAAGGCAGUGGGACGCAGCAUGGAUGUCACUGCCACCACAACUCAGCCUGGGGUUAUAGUAGUCCCCCUUGUCCAGAUUAAUCCAGACAGACAACAAGAAGGCAGCUCCAGCACUCCUCCACCGCCUCUGGUUCCUUUUGGGCAAGGCUCCGUAUUCCCUGAGACUCUUCCUCCUGGCACACCCUUGACUUUUCCGACUCUAGAUGAUUUCAUUCCCCCACAUCUCCAGAGGGGUUCCCACCAUAACCAAGCACCCUCUGCGUCUGGCACAUCACCCUCUGUUUACCCGAAACUUCCAUUCUUCUCAACACCACCUUCACUUGUACCUCCAGUUACGGGGGCUUUGCACAGGGGCUUGAAGCCUGAAAUCACUGGAGUCAUCUCACGUACAGACCCAGGUCCUGCACUAAAUGACGUGACCCAGCCUAGCAGUGGCACUGACUAUCCAACUUCCUUCACAUCAAUCAACAAGUCAUCUUCUGCCUAUCCCUCUACCACAAUCGUCAAUCCCACUAUUGUCCUCUUGCAGCACAAUCGAGAACAGCAAAAAAGGCUUAGUAGCCUGGCAGAUUCUGUGCCAGACAGAAUAAUUUCAGACAAAGUAGAUUUGGCACUCACACAAGUCAAGCCAGUCCAGGAGCCAGUGCUGAGUGAGAGGAGGGUUUUGGAGGAGAAGAGAAUUGUCAAGAGCCCUCAGCAUAUGGCUGAUACUUCUGUUGAUGACAUUGGCAUUCCACUGAGGAACACAGACAGAUCGAAGGACUGGUACAAGACAAUGUUCAAACAGAUACACAAGCUAAACAGAGACACUCCUGAAGAAAAUCCUUAUUGCCCUACCUACAUAUUUCCUGAACUUCCUGAAAUCCAGCAAAAACCUGAAGAAGACAAUCCUUAUUCUCCUACAUACCAGUUUCCUGCGUCUACUCCUAGCCCUAUCUCUGAAGAUGAAGAUUCUGAUUCAUACUCUCCUCGUUAUUCCUAUUGUGAGGACACCAGAAGCCAGCCUUCAGUUCCUCGCUCCAAGAGUGAGAUGGACCAUAUUGACUCAGAGAAGGUGUUUAAGAGGUCUGCCACUUUGCCCCUACCAAACCGUACUUCAUUGCUGAAAUCCAGCCCUGAAAGGACGGACUGGGAGCCUCCAGACAAGAAGGUGGACACUAGAAAAUACCGUGCAGAGCCCAGGAGCAUUUAUGACUAUCAGCCAGGAAAGUCCUCAGUUCUGAACAGUGAAAAAAUGACUCGGGAUAUAAGCCCAGAAGAGAUAGAUUUAAAGAAUGAACCUUGGUAUAAAUUCUUUUCGGAAUUGGAGUUUGGGAAACCGCCUCCAAAAAAGAUUUGGGAUUAUACUCCUGGAGAUUGCUCUAUCCUUACUAGAGAGGAUAGAAAGACUGAUCUAGAAAAAGACCUCUACCUCUACCAGACUGAGUUAGAGGCAGAUUUAGAAAAAAUGGAGAAGCUUUAUAAAGCGCCACAUAAAAAGCCACAGAAGAAUACAGCAGGUGUUACUCCUCUGGAAACUUCCACAGACCAUUCGUCCUUCUCCACAUAUUCACCCAACUACCACGCAGCGAAGAGGGAUUCAGAACCAGCACUGGGGGACCUUGCUGGCUUGGAGAAUGAGAGACAGAUUUACAAGAGUGUGCUGGAAGGUGGAGAUAUCCCGUUCCAGGGGCUGAGUGGUCUCAAGCGUCCUUCUAGCUCUGCUUCCACAAAAGAUUCAGAAUCACCAAGGCAUUUUGCACCAGUUGAUUACAUGGAAACCCCAGAAGAAAUUAUCCGCAGGCGUUAUGAUGAUAAAGAGAAACUUUUAGAGGACCAGAGACGGCUUAAACGUGAGCAAGAAGAAGCUGAUAUUGCAGCUAGAAGGCACACAGGGGUCAUUCCAACGCACCAUCAGUUUAUCACUAAUGAGCGAUUUGGGGACCUCCUAAAUGUAGACGAUACAGCAAAGAGGAAAUCUGGGUCAGAGAUGAGACCUGCUAGAGCCAAGUUUGACUUCAAAGCACAGACUCUGAAGGAACUUCCUCUGCAAAAAGGAGAUAUUGUUUACAUUUACAAGCAGAUUGACCAGAAUUGGUAUGAAGGUGAACACCAUGGCAGAGUUGGCAUCUUCCCACGAUCCUAUAUAGAGCUUCUCCCACCAGCUGAGAAAGCUCAGCCCAAAAAGCCAUUACCAUUGCAAGUAUUGGAAUAUGGAGAUGCUAUUGCUAAGUUCAACUUCAAUGGUGAUACUCAAGUAGAAAUGUCUUUCAGAAAGGGUGAAAGGAUCACGUUGAUUCGACGAGUGGAUGAGAACUGGUAUGAAGGAAGAAUCUCUGGCACCAGUCGCCAAGGCAUCUUCCCUGUAACUUAUGUGGAAGUGCUCAAACGGCCAGUGGUCAAGAAUGCCAUUGAAUAUCCAGACCCACCUGUGUCACUCUCCCCUAACCGCAGCGUGACAGCUUCACCACAGUCUCCCAGCUCUGAGCUGCUCCAUACACCAACUCCUCCGCCUUUGCCUUUCUCACGCCGUGCCUUGUCUCCAGAGGUGCAGGCAGUCACAUCCGAGUGGAUUGCUCUGACUGUGGGAGUGUCUCCUAGCACCACUCCUGCCUUAACUGCUCCAUUGCCUUCUCUGCCUGAAGCCUCCCUCUCCCACACUGACUCUCUCUCACCUCCUACUGUAGCCAGCCCUUCCCCCUCGUUCAGCCUCCCCCAUUCUCAUCUCUCUGGCUCCUCAACUCCAAGGUCCAUUAAAUCCCCCUUGCCCUUCUACUCAUCUGGGCCUCAGCCCUCCACUCGCAGUUACUACCAGGCUGCUCCGCAAAGCAAAGAGAAGGUUGGUGGCUCCUCUUCUCCCUGCCCUCGCUGGGCAGGCGGGAGCCCUGAGAGCAUCCUCACAGAGCAGCACGGCACCCCUGGCAGCCAGGCCUGGCUCCAGAAGACUAGAGAGGGCAGCAGCAACCCUGAGCAGGGUUCCCGUGCUGCUCCCAACAUCUCUGUGGAGCGCUGUCUGAAACCAUCCCAGCUAGACAUGCGUGCAAGCCCAGAAAGGAGACCUGUGAGUUCCUCUGAGGACAACCAGUUGUGUCAGGAGCUAAUGGCUAUUGUGCAGGGAGGUAAAGCAGAGAAAAGAGGCACGAGGAGAGGUGAUCUGGGAAAGUUUCAAGGCGGGGAAAAGAAGACUGCAGACUCAAAAGCUUUCUCUUCACCUGCUCCUCUCUCUUCCUCUGCCCUCUCUUCCUCUACUGUCACAACACAGCCACCUCCCAGACUUACACGUAGAGUCAAUAAGCCACAGCCUUCCCUCCAUUCAUUGAGAGCUGGACCAGAUCUCACAGAGUCUGAAAAGAGCUAUGUGCAACCUCAAGCACAGCAGCAAGGAGCCAGCCCUGACAGAAGUCAAACACCACGAGACAUAGUUAGCUACCAAGCUCUAUACAGCUACACUCCUCAGAACGAUGAUGAGCUGGAACUGAGGGAUGGUGAUAUUGUUGAUGUUAUGGAGAAAUGUGAUGAUGGCUGGUUUGUGGGUACAUCCAGGAGAACAAGGCAAUUCGGCACCUUCCCGGGCAACUAUGUGAAGCUUCUGUACCUGUAAAGUAACAGUAAUCCCACAGUGACAGAGAUGGAGCUGUUUUUCAGAUGGUGUUUUUAAACAAUGAAGAAAGAGACAAUUUAUGAAUGUAAUAGACAAGAGAUGAAAAGUGUUAGGAGGAUGUGGUUAUGUGAUACAGUAUUGAGUUGAAUGUGUAGCCCUGCUUCUACUAAUUCAGGGUAUGAUUUGUUUGCUGAAGGAGAGACAGUUUCUAGUUUACAGUGCUGCCUUUGUGUAUUCCUCUCCCCUCCCCAACAAGAGUUCUGGUGAUAACCUUAAUUCGUAUGGAGUACUUUACUUCUGAGAAGGCUUCAGGGAAGCAAAAGGUAUAGGUUUUGUUUGUGUGUUAAGAUAUGACAGUACUUCCAGAAAGUACGUGACCUUGCAGCUUCUCCGUUCACUGGUGAGGUCAGGGAGGCCAGGCUUCCUGCCUUGCUGAAGGCUUACUGUGCUCUGCCUUCCACUCCCAUAGAACUCCCUUCCUUCAUGCCAUGCACCUUAAGACCCCAUAUGGGCAGAGGACAGCCAGUGUGGUUAAACUGCAGAACUCUGUUGAGAAGGAGUUUGGGACUGGAAGUUUAAUCCAGAGGUGUCAGCCAAAGUGUACUGCAGACACUCAAAAAGCCCAAACCCUUUCCUAACACAUUACCCACUUCUGCAAGGUUUUUUUCUUUUGUGCAGGGUGUGUGUGUGUGUGUGUGAGUGUACUGUGUGCAGCAAAACGAACGGAGUAAUGUUUUUUUAAAGAGAAAACAACCUGGCUUUGACAUUUAUCUGCACAAAGAAUAAAACCAAUAAACAGAACAUCCAUGAGAGCAAAUCCUGUUUAUGAGUCCUACGGCUGUUUGCUUUCUCUGCUCCCCCUUGUUGGCCCAAAAAGAGUUGAAGCAUGCUCUUUGGGAAGAAGGCUUUGCUUCUCUAGCAUUAAAUGUCAGAGGUUCUGAUAACUCUGAGAAACAUGCCUUUGAAGGUGCCUUUUUCUGUUGUUCUUGCAGUGUAGAUGGUAGAUCCAAUAAACACCUGCAUUUUGACUGGCCCUUAGUCCAACAAAAAAGUCUGCUCAGUUUGGAAAGCCGUGUUUACAGCGGUUGUUACCAGUCAUAGAGAUUUGUAUUUCUUUGAGGAAAAAAACGUGGCUUGCCUGUAAAUCCACUACGAAUACUCUUUUGAUAGACACUUUGUUAUUAAGAAGUAUAAACAAAACCGGUUCUAUCAGACUCUGCUUCCUACAGUUACCAUACAAAUAGCAAAAGGUUAGAUUGCUAUUUUGUCAUAAGCCGUAUUUAAUAAUAUAAAAUGCCUAUUUUUAUGCUGAUGCUUUUAUACAGAUUUAUUAAGAGUAACUACAACUAACUGUUAGCACGACUUGCAAUAUGUUUUGAUAAACUAGCCAUGCUCCUGGGUUUGAAAUCAAAUAGGCUUGUCUUCCGUCUCAGUCUGCGGAGGAGAAGACUCAGUGUCUCAGAAGUUUGACUGUAAAUAUGUAUAUUUAACUUUGUACAGACAAUGUACUUACCUUGUAUAGAAAAAUAAUUUAAACGCAUUGAGCGAAGGGAGAAAAAGAAAGGCAGUUGUCAGAGGUUGGGAUUUUAUUCCACUUUUAUUUAAAUGAUGGAAUUCUGUGUGUGUUCAUAUAAAGAGUUUUAGCACAAAAUAUCCACUAGGAAAGAGUUUCAGAUAUGACACUGACCACUGACAGCACCACUGUCUCUUUUCAAUAGGAGAUAUCAUUAAUUCUGCAUCUUAUUUAUGUAUUUUUCUGCUUUGGUUUUUUCUUCCAUUUAUUCGUAGCAAGACAUAGGCUGUUGCUAAGAUUGGAUAGCACCAAAUUAAUCUAUCCAGCAAAGUAACACAAUAAUACUGACUGUAUAUAACCUACUCAUUUAAAGGUUUAUUUUCUGUUCUCUUGCCAUUUUAAGUUACACACACACACACACACACACACACAUCACAACUUAUUUUUGUGUUGAUUUUUGUUCCUUAUUGCAGUGGAUUACUAUUUGGCAAUUAAUAAAUGGAAGUAUUGAAUUAC